AUGGCGACGCAGACCUCAACUGCGGCACAAGAAUGUGAUAUCAAUAUCAGUAUUAAAAAUGGGAACAAUGAGUUCAAGGAAACAUUUUACGUGCAACUCGGUAAUUUGUACAAGGAGCAGACAGGAACGGUGAAGAAGCCGUGGACGCGCGACCGGCUCGCGGAGGUCGUCCGGCACAUCCAGACCGGUGAGGCGGCCGCGGCUGCCGGCGCUCGGCGGACCUCCGCGCACUAUUACUGGUCCACCAAAUACGAUGUCACGCACAUAGGAAGCCAAACUUACCUUAUUUUGAAAAAGAAAGCGCCUGAAGAUGCUACGGUUCGAGUGAUUCCUAUGGAACAAUAUUUUGACUUGUUAUUUGAAAUACAUCAGGAAAUAGGCCAUGGUGCCUGUGACAAGAUGCUGCGCAACAUUAAGAACAGAUUUUAUAUCCAGAAAAAGGCAAUAGAAAUAUUUGUUGCCUUGUGCCCAACAUGUGAAGUGAAACGAAAUUUGCCCAAAAAAGGCACAGUGCCCGAGCAAGCUUCAUUGCAACCUACCAUUCCCAAAGAUUUUAACAGCCGAGGGUGGGUCGAUGUGAUUGAUCUUCGGUCAGCACCUGAUGGAGAUUUCAAAUGGUUAUUAAUGUACCAAGAUCAUGGCACAAGGUUCAUUCAGCUGCGACCCCUGCAGACUAACCUGCCAACUGAACUUGCUUUGGAAUUAGUAAAAAUUUUCCUGACUUUUGGAGCUCCUUUUGUGUUACAAAGCGAUAACGGCCAGGAAUUUAUUGCCAAAGUUGUUGAGGAAGUCCUGAAAAUCUGGCCGGACUGCAGAAUACUGCAAGGAGGAGCGAGGCACCCGCAGACACCGGGCAGUGCCGACCCGCCACCCGACACCCGCAAUGUGGAGGACCUGCUGUACACGUGGAUGCGAGACAACCGGUCCACUAACUGGUCUCUCGGAUGUCACUUUGUUCAGUAUCACAAGAAUGCAGCAGUUCACUGGAGUAUCGGCAGAACUCCAUAUCGAGCAUUAUUUGGAUGCGAUCCAACAGAACAGAGCUCACAUGUACCUCCAAGUGACAUUGAAUCCAUUCAAACUGAAAAUCAUUUAGAACAAGUUCCUCACCAUGGUGAUGAAACGAAAGUUGCCACGAACAAA